GUGCGUGGGACGGGCCGCUGCACCGGGGUCUGGCAUGACCCCUCAGGAGCUGGAGGGCGAGUGGUCGUGGUGGGACACGGGAGCUCGCUGCCAGCCUCCUUUCAGCUCUCGGUGCCACGGGGGCGAUGAGAAACCCUCCCCCUCCCGGCCCAGCAUCCCCUCCCCCAUUUGGCACCUUGCAGUCCCUUUGGAGCCACAGGACCCCGUAGGGGGGCUGGCACCCCCUCAUCCCCGGCCGCUGCUUCCCCGGGAUGGCUUUUCCCAGAGCUGUUUGUUCCCACCAGGUUUGCCCGGUGGCUCCGGGCCGGCCGUGCCGCACGCCGCUGCUGUUGAGUAUCUGCAGCAGAAACGGGAACCGCUGUGAGUGUACCAGGACACUGCAGCAUGUCGCUAUGUCUGGGGAUACUGUGGAAAAUCCCAGCCUCCGAAUAGGGCUGGUCGUGUGCGGGAGGCUCCGGUGGAGUCGGAGCAUCAGCAGCUGCUGGCACAGACCUGCCUUUGUGCAUCAUAUUUGGCCGAGAUGGGAACUGAACUGAGCCCAGGUUUUGUUUCCUACAUGCCCAAGCACAACGCCGGCCCGGCUGCUCCUGGAGUCGGGUGCGACACGGAGCGGGGUGCUGGGGCGGGGACCCCCCGUGCCAGCGCGGGGUUCUGCGGCACCCGAGGGUGCCGGGGCUCCUGCGUGGCUGCGAUGGGAGGAGGCGCGAAGUGGGAGUGGGGACCUGAACGAGCACACGUGUGUGCCCACGCCGGCUGUCCCUCACGGGCACCGGCACGCAGGCUAUUGCCAUGGCAGCUGUGACAGAGGUGCGCGUGGUGUUGAUGCAUCAGGGCCCCUGGCAGCUCUGGCAGGCCAGGCUGAAAUGCCAAAAAGCCUCUUGAGCUCUGCCAGGGCCGGCCCCCCGCCUGCCGCAGGCGAGAGGUGCUCGGGGCAGGGGGUCCCCAUCGCUCCGGGGAGGCUGGAGCCUGCGGGCAGAGCCCCUCCGUGCCACCCUGGGGGGUGCCAAUGGGGGCUGGCAGGCCCUGCCCUGGGCUCGCACUCCUUCACACGUGGCGGGGCCGGCGGGCUACUGGCCGUGUCUGCAGUGGCACGAGCCCGCGGCGGUGCAGCGCGUGGCUGCCGGGGCCGUGCGCGCUGCGGGGCCGCAGGCGUGAGCAGGUAUGUGCCUCUCCGGGGAGGCGGAGCUGGGUCUGCUGCAUGGCUCCCUGCCCGUCCCUGUCUGCGUGUGUGUCUCCCGAGGAGAGCGUGGUGCGUGUGCACGUGUCCGGCUGUGUGUGCGUGGGGGAGUCCCGCGGCUGCCCGCCCCGGCGCUGCCAUCGCGGGGGGCUGCUCGGCGCGGCUUCCCGGGCCGCCCGCCUCGCAUCACCGAAACUCCCGCCUUCCUCUACCUCCAACAGGGUAACCAGGACGCCACGGCUCCGCCGGACGCGAUGGCUCAGCCCUACCCCCCGGCCCAGUACCCCCCGCCCCCCCAGAACGGGAUCCCCGCAGAGUACGCGCCGCCGCACCCCCACCCCACGCAGGACUACUCGGGGCAAAGCACAGUACCGGAGCACGCCAUGACCCUCUACACACCAGCACAGAGCCACGCCGAGCAGCCGGGCACCGACGCCAGCACACAGUCCAUAGCAGGGACGCAGACGGUACCGCAGACAGACGAGGCGGCACAGACAGACAGCCAGCAGCUACACUCCUCAGACACCACAGACAAGCAGCAGCCCAAGAGGUUACACGUCUCCAACAUCCCCUUCCGAUUCCGGGACCCUGACCUGCGGCAAAUGUUCGGGCAAUUCGGGAAGAUCCUGGACGUGGAGAUCAUUUUCAACGAGCGGGGCUCCAAGGUGAACAACGCCACGGCCCGGGUCAUGACGAACAAGAAGGCUGCCAACCCCUACACCAACGGCUGGAAGCUGAACCCGGUGGUGGGAGCGGUGUACGGCCCCGAGUUCUACGCAGUAACGGGGUUCCCGUACCCCGCCACGGGGACGGCCGUGGCCUACCGAGGGGCACACCUACGGGGACGAGGACGCGCCGUCUACAACACCUUCCGGGCCGCGCCGCCGCCACCGCCCAUCCCCACCUACGGCGCGGUCGUCUACCAGGACGGGUUCUACGGAGCCGAGAUCUACGGGGGCUACGCUGCCUACAGAUACGCCCAGCCCGCAGCGGCAGCGUACAGCGACAGUUACGGCAGAGUGUACGCAGCGGCAGACCCGUACCACCACACCAUCGGCCCCGCCGCCACGUACAGCAUCGGCACCAUGGCUAGUCUAUACCGAGGAGGGUACAGCCGCUUCACUCCCUACUAGCAAGACAGACCCAGCCCCUCCCACCACUAACACUGCCGCUCACUAGCACCAAACCAAACCGGGCAGCCAGAGCCGGGGCCGGGCCUCCGGAGGAACCGCGGGCCGGGCUCGGCGGCUGCCCACCCCCGUAGGGUCACCUCCCGCCGCUCCGUCCCGCCGCCCGCCCGCGUCUCCUGCGCCGUCCGCCUGCCCCGCGCCCCGGUGCUGCCCCGGCGCUCCGGGGUCCCCCGCGAGCGGGGCCAGCCCUCGGCCCCGGCGGCACCCCGUUUCCCGGAGCCGGGGCGCGGGGGUCCCCGUGCAGCUCCACGCUGGCCCGAGCCCCCGGCGGGCGCUGCCCUUGCCGGGGGGUGCAGGGGGCUCGUCCCCCCACGAGGCAGGAGGGGAUGGGGGCACGGCGCUGACGGCAGCCCCGGAGCAGCCCCUCGCCCCCCCAUAGGAGAGACAGGAGCUGGCGGGGGCUGCUGCAAGCUCCGGGGAUGGAGCUGGGCUGGGGCGGGUGCAGGACCCCGGGGACAGCCCCCCCAAACCCCGGGGCGGCCCCCCGGGCAGUAGCGGAGCUCUGGUGCAGCAGGCGUGGGGCGCGGUGUGGGGCUCGGGGGGACCGGGCUGGUGGCCGUGUCCCCCCCCGGCCCGCAGCUCGGCCGGGCUGCCCCGCACGCCGCUCCAGCGAAAGACCUGCCUCUCUGUUUCUGUUGUAGUGAAACCGCGGCCGUUUCCUUCUGGGACCAGGAAGGGCAAAAAAAAAAAAAGAAAAAAAAAAAGAAAAAAAAAUCCA